ACUACUGUGGCACCCUGGCCUCCCACACGCCUAACCAGUGCCCUCAGGGUUUCUAUUGCCCAGAGGGCAGUAGCACCCCUGCCCCCUGUGAGGACGGCACCUAUGGCCAUAGUGCUGCCCUGGCCGAUGCCUCAGAGUGUGCCCCUUGUGAUGGGGGCAGGUACUGCAGUGGAGUGGGGCAGACAGAGCCGUCGGGGGCCUGUGAGGAGGGCUUCUACUGCAGACAGAGAGCCACCACAGCAACUCCUGUUGAUGGCCCUUGGGGUGGUCUGUGCCCAGCUGGCAGUUAUUGCCCCUCUGGGUCACCCCACCCGUCCCCAUGUCCCCCUGGCACCUUCAGCAACAGCACCGGCCUCAAGGACCCGCAGCAGUGUGUCAGCUGCCCCCCUGGGUAUUACUGUCUGGGCUCCAACAACUCUGCCCCCACCGGACACUGUUUUGCAGGGUUCUACUGCCCUGGUGGGGCAGAUUCCCCUGUGCAGAGGGAGGCUGAGGAGGGGCACUACUCUCAUGAGGGGGCAGUGCGGGCAGAGGCUUGCCCCCUGGGGCAGAGCCCAGGGCCGGUGUCUGGAGUGCCAGCCUGGCCACCUCUGCAACCAGACGGGACUUUCUCAGCCCCCCCUUUGCCCCUCGGGCCACUACUGCCCCCCUGGCUCGUCUGUCGCACAGCCAUGCCCACCCGGCUUCUACUUUGCUCAUACUGGUGCAGUAGAUGUGACUCACUGCAGUUUGUGUGAUGCGGGGCAGUUCUGCCAGAAUCCGGGCCUUUCUGCCCCUGAGGGUCCCUGUGCCCCAGGAUUCUACUGCACUGGGGGAUCCAGCACUGCCACACCGGUGAACUCGCGGUCGGGAGACAUGUGUCCGGCAGGCUACGUGUGCCCACCUGGCACCAUGCACCCUCAUGAGUCGCCAUGCCCCCCUGGCACCUGGAGUAACGUGGUCGGGGGGCAUGAUCUGUCCACCUGCUGGCUCUGUCCACCUGGGUUCUACUGCAACGCCUCCGCCCUGACCCAACCAACGAGUGUGUGCGCCCCAGGGUUUUAUUGCUCUGCUGGCGCUAAGAGCUCAAUGCCGGCCAAUGGAGAGAGCGGCGGACGCUGUCCUGCUGGGUCCUACUGUCCACCGGGUUCAGCCUCGCCCUCGCUCUGCCCUGAGGGAACCUUCGCCAAUGCCUCAGGUGUUGCGGAGUGCCGUAACUGCCCUCCGGGGAAGAUCUGCCUGCAGGGGGAGUCCCCUGAACUCUGCCCUGAGGGGCACUUUUGCCUGGGUGGUACAUUACAUGACAUCCUGCCCUGCCCUCCAGGAACCUACAACCCCUCACUGGGGCAAAACCAACUGGAGCAGUGCCUCCUCUGCCCACCGGGGAUGUACUGUGAGGAGUGGGGUCUGUCUGAACCAUCAGGACUUUGUCAGGCUGGAUAUUUCUGUCUAGCGGGCAUCAACUUUCGAAACCCCGAUGGGAACAUCAGCACUGGAGUGGGCGGGGCUUGUCCUAGAGGUCACUACUGCCCAGAGGGCACAAGCCUACCUCAUGCCUGUCCCCCAGGAACCUUUUCCAACAGUCUCCAUGUCACAGAGAGCACCAGCUGCAGCUCUUGUCCCCCGGGGCUUUUCUGUGGCACAGAGGGUCUGAUCCGCCCAUCUGGUCCCUGUCAGCAGGGCUUCUACUGCCCUGCCGGUGCCUCCACUGCCAUGGGAGCGGGCAGCGGAGGAGGCCCAUGCCCGGUGGCACACUACUGCCCCACUGGCAGUGCCACCCCAGUGCCCUGUCCGGUGGGCACCUACGCCAACCUCACUGCCCAGUCACGCUGCAAUCUGUGUCAGGCGGGAUACUACUGCCCCGAGCAGACUGCCAACUACACUGACCACCCCUGCCACCCUGGAUUCUACUGCCCUGAUGGCACUAAACAUGCCACCCAGUUCCCGUGUCCCCGUGGCUACUACAACCCAGAGGCCCUCACCCAGAGCUUGGACAGCUGCCUGCCCUGCCCCCCGGGCCACUACUGCGAGAGGGAGGGGCUCUCGGCCGCAUCAGGGAAAUGCAAAGCUGGCUGGUUCUGUGUGUCUGCUGCAUGGACCUCUCAGCCCUUUGAUCUGGACAAUUACACCAACGCUAACUGCCUGUGUCCAGCCACGUCCACCGGAGGGCGUUGUAGAAAGGGCUUCUUCUGCCCCUCGGGAAGCUCAGAGCCACAGCCCUGCAUUGCCGGGGCCUUCUGCAAUGCCACAGGCUUGUCUCUGCCCAGUGGGCCCUGCUCCCCGGGGUUCUACUGCACUGGUGGGGCUACUCGACCCAAACCCAGAGACGGGGUGACAGGAAACAUCUGUCCCCUAGGGUCUUACUGUGAGGAGGCAUCGGAGGAGCCGGAGCCGUGUCCAGUUGGCUCCUUCUCAGCCGCCGCUGGUCUGGUGAGACGCUCCGAGUGCCAGAGAUGCACAGAGGGGCACUACUGCAACACCACAGGGCUACAGGGCCCUACGGGACCCUGCAGCGAGGGUUACUGGUGCCCGGCUGGUCAGGAGGCUGACCGCUUGCUGCAGUGCCCGGUCGGUCAUUACUGUCCCCUGGGCAGCCCUGCCCCACUUCUAUGCCCCUCGGGCUCCUACCAGGACAGUGAGAAGCAGGCCAACUGCUCACUCUGUGAAGCAGGUCAUUACUGUGACCACAGGCUGGCUUCCAGAAACAUCUCAGUCCUGCAGCCCUGCCCGCGAGGGCACUACUGCCCCCCAGGGACGCGUUUUCCCACCCAGUACCCCUGUCCAGUGGGCACCUACAACCCCACAGAGGGCAUGGGCAGUCUCAACGCCUGCCUCUCCUGCCCCUCAGGGCAGUUUUGCCCCACCAUGGGCCUCUCCGAACCGAGUGGUGUCUGCCAGGCAGGGUUCUGGUGCAGAACCGGCUCCAGGUCCACAUCUCCGCUAAACGGAACCUCCGGUUCCACAUGCCCCGCUGGGCAUUACUGUCCUGCUGGUGUGUUCUUACCUGUGCCCUGUCCAGUGGGCACCUGGACGGGCAGAACAGGCCUGCAGGAUGAGGGUGAGUGCCAGCUCUGCCCAGGGGGGUCGUACUGUUCCACUGCUGGUCUCACAGCACCUACGGGACUCUGUGCUGGAGGGUUCUACUGUGUGGAGGGGGCACAGAUACCCACUCCCACUGAUGGAGUGGCAGGUGCUCCUUGCCCAGAGGCUCACUAUUGCCCCAUAGGAACCUCUCAGCCUGUGCUGUGUGAGCCGGGGACGUAUAUGAGCGCUACACAGGCCUCUGAGUGCUCAAUCUGCCAUGCAGGAUGGUACUGCAUCGCUGGGGUCCGGAUCCUCUGUCCAGCAGGGUUCUAUUGUCCCGAGGGCACUGGGGACGCCUGGCAUCCCUGCCCUGUGGGCACAUACAGUCCUGCCACGGGUCUGGGCAUGCUGUCGGAGUGCCGUGUGUGUGAUGGAGGGCACUACUGCAGCGUGCCAAACGCCACCUCCGUCUCAGGGCCCUGCUCCGAGGGUUACUACUGCUUACCUGGCAGUACCACCCCACGGCCCCUCACCACGGAGGAAGGAGGACCAUGCCCUGUUGGUCACUUCUGCCCAGAGGCCACAGCGCUUCCACAUGCAUGUCCUGAAGGCACCUACAGCAACAUCUCUAAAUUAACCUCACAGGUGAGCUGCACACUGUGCUCCCCUGGCCACUACUGCGGCUCAGCAGGUCUGAGUGCACCGACUGGGGAAUGCUGGGAAGGCUAUUACUGCCAGCAGGGGGCAGUAUAUCCCAACCCACACAGCAGGGAUGCUCAGGGAGGGCCCUGUCCUGCAGGACACUACUGCCCCCGGGCCUCCACGCGGCCCCUCCUCUGCCCAGCAGGACGACUCAGCACUGAGGAGGGACAGGCCACCUGCAGUCUCUGUCCACAGGGUUACUACUGUCCUGGCACUGGCUCGGCCAAUCAGAGUGUAGAGUGUCCUGUUGGUCACUACUGCCCCGCUGGCACCAGCACUGCGUACCAGCACCCGUGCCCAGCUGGCACCGUAAAUCCACGGCAGAGAAUGGGCACAGCCGACGGCUGCAUGCCAUGCCCUCCAGGUUUCUUCUGUGCAUGGUCUGGUCAGAGUGAGCCGGCUGGCCGCUGUUCUGCUGGUUUCUUCUGCUCUGCGGGCGCCGCGUCCCCGCGGCCACAGGACGGCACAACGGGGGACAGCUGCCCUCAAGGCCACUACUGUCCCUCUGGGGCCUCCGUACCUCUUCCCUGUCCCACCGGCCGCUACAGCAACACCACGGGCAACGCCCACCUGUCGGACUGCCAGCCCUGUACAGCUGGUUUCUCCUGUUCCAGUAGGGGGCUCUCUCUCCCCUCUGAAGUGUGCCCAGCGGGAUUCUACUGCCCUAAUGGGGAGAGUUCCAACCAUUCCAGCCCUAAAGCCUGCCCCCCGGGCUACAUCUGCCCCCCAGGCAGUCCUGUCCCAACCCCCUGUCCUGCAGGAACCUAUCAGGACCAACCUGGACAGACCCAGUGUGCCCCCUGUCCAGCUGGCUUCUUCUGCGGCGCCUCACUGCAUCCUGACACAGGGCUGGCCGAAGGCUCCCACGCCCCCACUGCUUGCCCCCAGGGGCACUACUGCCCAUUAGGCACCAGGGCUGCUCAGGACUUCCCCUGUCCUGUGGGCUCCUUCAGUGGCCAGUGGGGCAUACGCAGCAGGAGCCAGUGCGCCCCCUGUCCACCAGGCCUGUACUGCGGCUCAGCGGGGCUGGCUGCCCCUUCAGGAGACUGCUCUCCAGGAUUUGUGUGUGUCCAGGGCGCCAUACAGCCACAACCCCCAGGUGACCUGACGGGCGGCCAGUGCCCUGCAGGCUUCUACUGCCCCGCGGGCACCACACACGCCAUGCCCUGCCCCCCCGGCUCCUUCAGCCCAGCAGAAGGUGCGGUGUCAGAGGGUGCAUGUCAGUUGUGUCCAGCUGGUCAGUUCUGCUCGGAUAUUGGUCUGACUGCGCCAUCAGGGCCCUGCAGCGCUGGCUACUUCUGCUCACGAGGAGCCUCCUCACCCACACCUCUACACACAGAGACUGACGGUGAGACGGCUAUGGGAAGUGUGGAGAUAGAGACGCGCUCAUCGGUCUCGGCCAGUGGAGGAGUGUGUCCCAGAGGACACUUCUGUCCCCAGGGUACAGCUCAGCCCCUGCCAUGCCCCCCAGGCACGUUUCUGGGUAGGUGGGGGGCAGAGGAGGAGGCGGACUGCACUCUGUGUAGCCCGGGAUUCUACUGCCCCGACUGGGGGCAGACUGCCGCAGACCUGCUGUGUCCAGACGGAUGGUUCUGCCCACUCGGUUCUGAUGCUGUAAUUAAGCCCGAUCGCCAGUGUCGACCCGGUCAGUCAUGUCCGUAUGGUAGUGCCAAGCCCUCCGUCUGUCCACCAGGCAGCUACCAGCCAGAGCCUGCCAAGGCCAGCUGUAGACCAUGCCCAGCAGGUUUCUUCUGUCCAGAGGGAGCUUAUGAGCCCUGGCCCUGCCCAGUGGGGACUGUGGGGGUGUCGUCGGGCCUGCAGAGCCCGCAAGGCUGCUCUCCGUGCCCCCCCGGCCUCUUCUGCAACUCCAGUGCCCUCACCCACCCCUCUGGACCCUGCCGGCCAGGGUACUUCUGUAGCUCUGGAGCCACAGAUCCUGCCCCGAUCUCGCAGUCGUUUGGGGAUAUUUGCCCCGCUGGUCACUUUUGCCCCCAGCACUGUAGUGCCCCCCUGCCCUGCCCUGUGGGAACAUUCUUCUCAGAUCGAGGGGCAGAGUCUCGCCUGCAGUGCUCUCCUUGUCCACCGGGGGCGUACUGCCUGUCCCCAGGCUCCCCCCAGCCCUCAGGUCCCUGUUCCCCUGGUUACUACUGCACUGGUGCGUCAAACUCACCUGAGCCCCAAGCCAGCGCCUCACAGCUGCUCUGUUUCUGUCACCUCCUCCCACCGCACAGCCAAUCAGAGUACAGCAUCUGUUGCUCCGGCCACAACACAACAUACCCCCACCAUACUCCAGGCCGUGGGGAGAGCUGGGCUCCAGUGGGUGGCAGACAUGUGGUUUUCAUGGAGGAUGCUCCAGAAUCACCCCUUCGGUAUGCAGAGGACGGCUGUGCUAACUUCAGAGGCGCUACAUGUCCCAAAGGGUUCUACUGCCCCGCAGGCUCCUCUCUGCCCCUGCCCUGUGAUGCGGGCUUGUACUGCAGCACCACUGGGCUGCAGAUUCCCUCGGGUCCCUGUGAGGCUGGAUUCUACUGCCCCGGGGGCGCCUCUGAUCCUGCUCCAACCCCCUGCCCGCCAGGGCACUACUGCCCCGCUGGCACCCCUCACCCCCAGCCCUGCCCCCCUGGCACCACCAAGGGUUCUACUGGCGGUGCGUCUGAGGAGGACUGCUUCUCCUGCCCCCCGGGGUAUUUCUGUGGCAGCGCUGGCCUGGCAGCGCCCACUGGUGUGUGUUCCGGGGGGUAUUUCUGUCCCGGGGGGCAAAGCACACCCACCCCACUACAGCACGUGUGCAGAAAAGGGCACUUGUGUGGGGAGGGAAGCAUCAGAGAGACGCCGUGUUCCGCUGGCCGCUACCAGCCGGUGGAGGGACAGUCAGAGUGUGUGCUCUGCCCUGCGGGCUAUUACUGUCCACACAUAGGUUCUGCCCAGCCUGACCCGUGUGCAGCAGGAUUCUAUUGCCCCACUGGGGCGGUCACGCCCAGCCCAUGCCCUCCCGGUAGCUAUGGGAACCACUCAGGCUUGACUGAUGUAUUGGAUUGCACUCCGUGUGACCAGGGGAUGUUUUGCAGAGGCGGAGGAAAUGCCUCCCCUUCUGGCCCCUGUGACCCCGGCUUCCUGUGCAUCAGCGGUGCUGCCACUCCUGCCCCGACGGACAGGGUCACAGGUGCCAUCUGCCCCCUAGGAUUCUACUGCCCAACGCAGAGUUACUCCGCUGUGCCAUGUCCAAAAGGCACCUUCAGUGAGAGAACCGGACUCAGCGAGCAGUCUGAGUGCCAGCGAUGUUCUCCAGGGUUCUACUGCGCAGAACCGGGGCUGACGGCUGUGAGCGGACCCUGCCUCUCAGGCUUCUUCUGUCUGGAGGGCUCUCCAGACAUGGCCCCUGUGGCAGAGGGAUACGGGGGCCGGUGCCCAUCUGGGCACUACUGUGAGAAUGGCACCAUUUUGCCCAGCGCCUGCCCAGCUGGCACACACAGAGACCAGCAGGGCGGGAGGAGGAGAGAGGACUGUGCGUUCUGCCCUGCAGGCUGGUUCCAGGACCAGAUGGGGCAGACAGAAUGUAAACCCUGUCCUGCAAGAUUCUACUGCCCCCCCACUCUUCAGGAGGCGGGUGGGGUGAUUACCCCUCUGCCCUGCCCACGGGGGUAUUUCUGCCCUGGUGAUGCCCCUCAGGACAGCCCCGUGCCCUGCCCCAGGGGCACAUUCAGCAGCUCAGAGGGCCUUAGCAGGGCAGAAGAGUGCUCAGUUUGCCCCGUGGGGCAUUUCUGCGGCUCAGACGGCCUCACCCGCCCCUCAGGCCGCUGUGCUCCAGGCUUCCUGUGCCACGCCCGGGCAGUGGUACCCAACCCCACGGACAACAGCACCGGCUCCCUUUGCCCCCCAGGGGCCUUCUGCCAGGAGGGGGUCCUAGCAGGAGAGUGUUCUCCAGGAUUCUACUGCAGUGGGGGUUCCACCAGCCAGGAGGCUGUUCUGUGCCCUGCAGGGUUCUAUUGCCCCAGGGGGUCCCACACCCCCUUUGCCUGUGAGACCGGAACAUUCUCCUCAGCACCGGGAAACAGUCACCGUGGCAACUGUACAUCCUGUUUGGCAGGAUUCUUCUGUCAGGGAGAGGGGGUAGUGCAGCCUGAGAUUUGCCCUGCUGGUCACUUCUGCCCCCCUGGUACCUCCUUGGCCCAUCAGUUCCCUUGUCCUCCAGGAACACUGAUGCCCCUCCCAGGGGCAACAAGCCUAGGGGACUGCCUGCUGUGCCCCACUGGGAUGUUCUGUGCCCUGCCGGGUCAAUCGGAACCUACUGGGCCAUGUCAGGAGGGGUUCCACUGUUCCCUCGGUUCCAGCAGCCCAAACGGAACUGGAGUCACCAUGGUACUUCAGCCCUUUUCUCCGGCAGAGUCGGAAAAACUUGUUAUCUGCCCCGUUGGAUUCUAUUGCCCCGCUGCCACGCCUCAGCCCGUCCCCUGCCCACCGGGCACCUUCUCCAGCGCCCCGGGGCUCACAUGGGCACAGCAGUGUCAACCUUGCCCUGGAGGCCGGUGGUGUGGCAGUGCGGGCAUGACCAGGCUCUCUGAAGCUGAGCCCUGCGAGGGCGGAUACGUGUGUGUGGGUGGGAGCAUGAGCCCUCGCCCUGACGAUGGGAUUACGGGAUACCUGUGUCCUCCUGGGCACAGCUGUCCAGCGGGUUCGGCACAGGAGGUGCCCUGCGAGGCGGGCACGUACAGCUCCAGCCCGGGCGCUGCCAACUGCAGCCUGUGCCCGGCUGGCACCGCGUGCUUGGCCAGGGGUAUGCUGGAACCCGUCCUGUGCCCGCUGGGUUAUUUCUGCCCCAUUGGCACGGCUCUGCCCCUGCCCUGCCCUGCGGGCACUCUGGGGCAAAUGCCUGGUGCCCUGUCCCAGGCCAGCUGUUCCCCCUGCCCCACUGGACACUACUGCAGCUCCCCUGGAUCCUCCCAACCUCAAGGCAUGUGUGAGCAGGGCUUCUUCUGUCAGGGUGGAGCCAGCAGGCCAGCACCCCAGCCCUCGGCUGAGAUGCCCCAGAACGGACCGUGCCCAGCGGGGCACUACUGCCCCCGUGGCACCCUCUCACCUGUGCCCUGCCCCGCUGGCUCCGUCCGCAACCUCACCGGCGGUGUGUCUGUGGAGAGCUGCUUCUUCUGCCCCGGGGGGUAUUACUGUGAGGGGGAGGGUCUGGACUCCCCCAGCGGAGCCUGUGAUGCAGGGUUCUACUGCCCCUCCGACUCUGCCCCCACCACCCCCCACACCUUCAUCUGCACCAAGGGUCACUUUUGUCCACGGGGCUCCCCGAUGCCCCUGCCCUGUCCGACUGGUCAGUACCAGCCCAACAUCGGCUCGGACUCCUGCAUCCCCUGCCGCCCUGGCUUCUACUGCGAGGAGGCUGUGGUGGGGGACCCUCUACCCUGUCCGCCACACACAUUCUGCCCUGCUGCCACCAUGGUGCCCCAGCCGUGUCCCGACGGCACCUUCACACACCCACACCAGGGGGGUCUGAGGGACGAGAGGGAGUGUCUGCCCUGCCCUCCGGGGAAAUACUGCAGGGCAGGCCAGAUUAAAGGUGUGUGUGCAGCGGGGUACGUGUGUGUGUCCAGCAGCUCGGACUUCUCUCCUCAGGGCCAUGUCCUGGCCCAUGCCAACAGGAGUGUGUGUAAGUGGGGUGUGCAGUGUGCCGGACCAUGCCCAGCAGGUUUUUUCUGUGCGGAGGGCACUGAGCAUGCCCAGCCCUGCCCAGCAAACACGGUUCGCAGCUCCCCUGGCGCCAGCAGCCUCAGCGACUGCCUGCCGUGCCCACCCGCACACUGGUGCAAAGAGGGUGACCCGGUCCUGCACGACUGUCCCGAAGGGCACUACUGUGACGGCAUUGCGGACUCUGAGUCUGGGAGCCGACCAGGUCCCAGGAAGUGUCCCGCCUUCACCUACAGAGACACCCCGGGGGCGGGAGGGAAAGGGGACUGCCACCCCUGCCCUCCCGGCACAUUCUGCAACUCCACAGGUCUUACUGAUUACUUGGGGUCUCCCUGCCCUCCCGGGUUCUGGUGCAGCGGGUCCGGUCAGCCGGUUCUGUGUCCCGGGGGCACGUUCAGGACCCUGCCAGGAGCCGCUGAUGCCAACCAAUGUGCCCCCUGCAUCCCUGGCACCUACUGCCCAGACCCCCGGGCCACCGGGAUGCCCAACACAGCGGGAAUCCCCUGCCGAGCAUCCUACCAGUGCCCAGAAGGCUCAGCUCUGGAGACGCCGUGUGAAGCCGGCCACUACUGCGGACCCCAGACAGGGGAGCCGUCUCCGUGUCCCCCGGGAUACGAGUGCCCUGAGGGCUCACACACAUACAGCUCGCCACAGCAGUUGUGCCCCUUCCCUUUCUUCUGCCCGGCGGUUAGCUCCUCCAGGCUAUCGUGCCCGGGUGGCUUCAUGCCCGUGAACUCCACAGGCCUGCGGGGGUCUCUGGAGCGCUGCUGUGUGCCCUGUGAAGCGGGCACCUACCGCCCAGCGCUGUCCUCCAUACUCCACUGCCAGCCCUGCCCACCUGGGUACCACUGCCCCGCAGGAGCAGAGAGCCACAGUGGCCACCCCUGUCCAAGCGGAUUAUUUUGCCCCCCGGGUUCAGCCAGCCCUCUUCCCUGCCCACCUGGUUCCUAUGGCAACCGCACCAACGCGGAAGCCAUUGAGGACUGCCAGGCGUGCCCACAGGGCACCUUCAACCACCUGGCCGGCCAGACAGCCUGCUUCCCCUGUGGCAGCUCAGCCACCUCCUCUCAAGGAUCGUCCACCUGCACCUGCAUUGGGCGGAACCGGGCCUUCCAGCCGUCAGACGGCUCGUGUCUGUGCAAGACGGGCUUCGUCUUCUACAAUCAGCUGGACCUGAAGAGCUCCAGCGCCGACAGCCCACUGGACUGCCAACCAGAGGUGAGUAAGCGCUGUGGCUGGGGAGAGGUACGUCUGGCGUCGUCUCAAGAGUGUGUGAAGCCAUCUGAGUACUCCUGUGAUGUCACAUGUGGAGCUCACGGCGGCAGACUGGACGUCGACAUGGGGAUCUGCCACUGUGAGAGAUAUGUGUCAUCAGAGGAGCUGUGUGAUGCGGCCUGCUCUUCCCAGCUGCCCCUUAUAUCUGCCAGACGUUCUGCUGAUGGACACCUGCUCCUGGGGGUCAGAGCGCCUGAGGACACCCACAGCUGGAAUAGACUUGAGUAUCACAGCUGGAAUAGAAAGCUAGGCAGUGUUGUGGGACCUGACUCUCACGUCCAGGAUAUUGGGAAGAUUCACUUUGUCCAGUUUGACUCGGAUGGCGUGUUUGGCUGGAUUCUGAAAGAUCCCAGACUGAUAGACAGAAUGCUGAAAGAGCCUGUAGAGACCCUUGGCAGUGUUCCUCGUAGAAAGCGAUCAUAUGAAGAGAAUGAUGAAGAGCAUUAUGAUGAUGGUGAUGACGAUCAUGUCACAAAGAUGGCGCUGCUGGAUCGUCCGCCUCGUAUCCCAAACCCUAUAGCCUGCCUCUCGUCCACAGACAUGCUCAUAUUUCACCUGCACAUCAACCACACAGACCGCCUCCACAGCCAUUUCCCAGUAUACCAGAAGGACCAUCUCUUUAACAGCAACCCCAGCUGGGACUAUGGAGCCUUUAGAAGACUGCAGUACCUGAUGACACACACACAGUUUAACUCCUCUAGGUUUGCCCAUGUGUUCCCUGAGUCAGGGACAUACGUGUUUGUGGACAACGCGGUGCCCGAGUGGAGCCUGGUGGUGGUGGUCAGUGAGGACGGCUCCGCCUGUGACCCCGAAGUGCCGCCUUUCCAGCCGAGCUCCCCCGCCCAGCUUGUCCGACACGGCGUCGUCCGUCGCCCACACCUCAACCUGCUGCCGGACUGGGGAGCCAUCGCAGGUAUCCUGGUGACUCUGCUGGUGCUGGUAGUCGUGGUAACGGGCACGACUCUACUGCUGAAACCACACAGACACCACCUGGUCUCCCAUGGCAACCCCAAACCUCGCUGGCGCAGUCUAGGUCAGCCGCCGGCACCUCUAGAGUAUGUCUACAAUAGAGAAAGUCUGGACGCACCGUCUGCGCUGGGUCUAAGGGGAGUAGGGGAAGGAGCAGAGGCUGAGGAGACUGCCAUCUGGAGAGGAGGCUGUAAAGCUGUGGGUAUGGAGCUGGAGGAGUUUAAUGUGAAGACUCUCUAUGACAAGCUAGAGGACCAGAACCUGCAUGUGGCGUCCCAGCUGGCCAAACACCGCAAAGACACGCAGGAGUUUUACCGCAACAUCUGCCACCAGACCAACACUCUCAGAGACACUCUUGAGAACAUGGGCCCUGAGAAGCUAAGUCAGCUGAAAGAGAUCAUGCAGCUCAACAGCAAGCAGCACAACAUCCUCUGCAGCGGUACAGGAAUGGGGCAGGAUGAAGGGUUCAUCAGCAAAAACUCCCUGCAGGUGAUGGAGGCCCUGCUGCCGUCUGUGGAGACUCUGCUCUACCGGCUGUGUGGAGAGAGUUGGCAGCAGAUGGAAGCAACAGCACCGUGCCUCAGAGACACGCGACACACACCCUGCCGUAGAGACACACGCCAGCGCGAACUCCAGACGGGAUACACGCCAUUUUCCUCCACUGAUCUGACAGAGCUGAAAACAGGGCGAGAGACAGAGUCAGCAGGCCCGACUCAGUGCAGUCGUGUGUGUGUGAGUGAUCAGGAGUUGUCUCGGCUGGUGGCUCUCACUCCUCUUUCUCGGACCAUCCAGGAGAUCCAGGAGUCUCUGCAGAGCCUGCCCCACUCACAGGAAGUGUCUGAGGACGCUUCCGCUCCACCCCUGGCAUGUGAUCUGUCCGCUCCACCCUUGGUCCCCGUCCCUCUGGACUCCCUCUCCCCACACCACUUCUCCAUCUUCCUGUUUGGAUGCCAGCUGCUCCGACUGCUCCGCACCAUUCAGGGAUUCCCCCAGGUCCUACUGCUCCUGGCCCAGAGUAUGCCCACGGCUGCCUGUCACACUGACAGCACGCUGGCCUACUGCUGCAGGGACUUUUAUUAUGACACAGAUAACCAGAUCCUCUACCUGCUGGAGUCCAAGCUGCAGGACGUGGGUCAAUUUGUCUGUGUCCUCCUGCACUCCAUGGCCUACAUCUCCUCUGGGUGCCAGGGAGCCAGACCCAGAGACUUUAUGGAGGCGUUCCACAAGGCCCUGUCUGCACUGGGGCUACAGCUGUUCACACUCUCUUUCACACUGGAACACAGCAAGAUAGAGGAUGAGAGCACCAGGAGCUUUCGAGGGACUGUCGUCGAGGACUUUCUGAGCGUGAAACUGUCCCCUGACACACACCUCUCACCUCGCUUGCUUCAGGAGAGGCUUCAGAAAUACAAAUACUUCAAACUGGAGCACCUUCUUAAUGAGCUCUGUCCGGCAAGACAGCCUGAUGAACUAUUGCCCUCUGCAGGAGCUGUGAGGAGUCAUGGAGCCCCUCCUACUCAGGUGUUGUGUAUGGAACAGGAGAUAAAGCGGCUUAAUGAGGUUUACCUGCAGUUGGACACACAGCUGUUGAACCGAGUCGCACACACGCAACGCUCAUCGGGGCCUCACACACACACUCUCUCGCAGGCACCUUCAGAGGCAGCCGAGGCUAGGGAGAGGACCUUGCUCCUGGGCCUGCGGCAGCACAGCGUGGCCAAGAGGCUGCAGGAGAUGAGAGAGAGGCUCUCUCGGAUCACGCCCCAGACAGCAGUCGCGUCUGAGAAGAUACACUCUGCUCAGCACACACCACACAGCUCUCUCGUGACGGAGAGAACACACGCGGCCGACACACACACCAAGUCACAGGAGCUGAGGUCAGAGAGCGACCGCAGCGUCUCCCAGCAGAAGGCCGAGAGUCAGGACACAGCAAAGCCCAUUGUCUAAAACACACACACACACAUUGCACGCACACACACACACAUACAUACACACACACAGGCGCACACACACACACACGCACACACACACGCACGCGCACACACACACACACACACACACACACACACACAGCAAAGCCCUCUCUAGAGCCUGAGAGAUCAUUCUGAAACAGACUCUCCAGUUCUGAGAGAGUGAGAGAGAAACUCCUCAGGCAGGACAGGUGUGCUGUACCUACCUGCAGAGACUGAGAUGGGCCUGCAUGAGCCACUAACCUCACACAGUACUGUGGGGGAGUCCUGACACACACACACACACACACACACACACACACACGCCUGGAGAAUCUAUUUGACACAGUGUUAAGUCAUGCUUUCUCACCUACACCUAAAAAAGUUCCCUGACAGUGUUGUCAUGCUUGUACAAUCUAUGUACUUAUUGAAAGGUCAUGUCCAUACAGGCAAUGUGUGCAUGUGUGUGUUUGUUUGUGUAAAUGUGUCUGACUUGAGUUUAUUUUUAUGUAGGUUACCCUGUUCACUAUUCUCUGUGUUUGGCCCUGGGUUCCAUGUACUGAG